AAGCAAGAUUCCAAGGGCCGGGUGCGUCGCCCAUAUCUCCCGUAUGCCAUUCAGUCAUGACUAAUGGAUCAUUCAACUCAGGGUUGGGACUUCAAUCCAGAGAAUUACAACGCGCGAAUCGAAUCAGUCUCCACGGGAGCUGGAUCUCCCCCCUCAGUCACCUUUCGCUUCACCGUGACGGAGGAUAUGUGCAACUAUACCCGUCACCUUCAUGGCGGAUGCGUGUCCACGGUUAUCGAUACGCUCAGCACCCUUUUUGUGGCUGCACUAUCCAAGCCAGGACUUUAUUCGCUGGGAGGUGUCAGCCGCCACCUGCACACCACUUACUUGCGGCCUGUCCCGGUGGGUAGCGAGGUGCGGCUCGUGUGCAGCCUGAAGCAUGCGGGUAAGAAACUUGUUUUGUUGAAGGCGAAUCUACACAGGGUGGAUGACGGAGGACUCUGUGUGAUUGGUGUCAAUGAAAAGGCAAACACGGAUCCUCCGAGGGGCGCUAGAAUGUAA